AUGGAAGUACAGUCUCGGCCUCCUCCCCCCACUUCACCACCGCCCCCACCAGAGGCGUAUAAGCCUCGGGAAGCUGCUUUCUAUGGUCGGCUGAAGGAGGCCACGAUGGAUCUGGGAGCGGCGCAUAUCGACUCCUUGCGUGCCAUCUUCACUUCGCGGGUUUUGCAGACCCGGACCCGCCUGCAUGGCCUGACGACCGGCAACGUGCACGGGCCUGGAGAUCACGAUCCGAAGCUGUCGGGUCUUCGAGGCAACGUUCUCGCGCUGGGGCUUGGCCUCCUGGAGAGGACUGAGGCGGUCUUGGAUCUGCUUCUGCAGCUAGCAGAUACGGAGAGCGCAGAGCACCAGGUGGCUGCGAUCAAAGAUGAGGAAUUCGAAGGCGACCAUGACCGCCGGGGUGGCUUUUUGCACGUGCCCCGAGUUCUAUCCACACAGGUCUUUCAGUCUUUUGCUGUGCCGCUGACAACAUCUCGCACUGUAAAAGUCACGAUCGUCGGCGUGCAGGACACUUGUGUAUCGAUUCUGCAGCUCCUACGUGUGCAAGAGCUGUGGCAGACUCUUCGAGGUCUACACAGCUGGGCUCAGGAGAAGCAGAAGGAGCUGACAGAUGAAGGCUCGACUGAGAGACCAGCUGUUGCAGUUCGAGCCGCCAAUUUUGCGCGGCGUGGGUGCGAAAAGCUGCUGGGCGAUCGGCUAGGACGGCUCCUGGACAGCCGCGUGUUCGUGCACCUCUUGGGGCGACAUGCGCCGAAUGAUGCCGAGGAGGUUCGAAGUAAUCUCGAUGAAGCUGGACAGGCUCCAGGCUUGUUUGUGGAGGAGAUCUUCCAAGAAGUUUCUCCUGAACACCAUGACAUCAUGCUUGCAGACCUUGGGGAGCUGCAGACCGGAAGCGGCCGUGGCAUCCAGCUCGUGGUGAAGAAUUCCUUCUUCGAAUUGGUAGAGGAAGAGAGCCCGCGAGAGAUGCGACGAGCUCGCUCCUGCGAUGCAGUGCUGACUCUGGGCCUCGUGGAGCAAGCGCUGCAGGCUGACGUUUCCGCGAGGCUCGCAUCGCCAAGCUCGACAUCCAGAAGGUGUUGUGAAGCUAGUGAAGGUUCCCAGAAUGGUGUGGCUUCUGAUGCAGUGAACACUGGGAGCGCUGGCAGCUCCUAUGUUAAAGCUUCAGGAGGGCCCGGUGAACCUGGCGUUGUGUCCAGUUCUGGCAACGACACUGCCACGAGUGCAGCCGUGCCAUCAUCCUCCAUGCCUUCGAGACUAGAUCAAUCUUCGGCUGAUGAUGCGCUUGUUGGUGAAGCCAGCCCAACCCACCAAGGUGAAAUCAUCGAAGAUGCUGAUCGCAUGACUGUCAUGCUCCGAAACGUGCCACAGGAGUAUUCCCGCCGAAAUGUGCUCGACCUGCUCGACAGGGCGGGAUUCCAUGGCAGGUAUGACUUCGUGUACUUGCCCGUUGAUUUUACUAGGGGACGUAGCUUGGGGUAUGCGCUGGUCGGACUCGUCAGCCAUGAGGAUGCCCGACAGCUACUCGAACAACUUCAGGGAUGCUCUUUUCCUGGAUUAGAUCCCAGCAUGCGCUGUGAAGCGUCCUGGAGCCAGCCUCAUCGAGGUCUCUCUGGCCACAUCGAGAGGUAUAGAAACAGUCCUGUCAUGCAUCCGAGCAUGCCCGACGAGUACAAGCCUGUGAUUUUUGUCAACGGCGAGCGCGUCGACUUCCCAGCCCCCACGAAGACAAUCCGAGCUCCGCGCAUUCGGCAUCCCAAGACACAGCGCCGGCCGCCAGGACUUCAGGGUCCGACAGACGGUCUGUGA